AUGCUGUCAGUAAGAACAAAUAAUGACAUAGAAGGCUGGCAUCACGCCCUGAACCGAAGAGCUGCUGGCCGCUGUGGACUUCCCUUCUACUUGCUUGUGUCCCUGCUACACAACGAGGCCCGCCUGGUGUCACUGCAUAUUCGGCUUGUGUCUGAGCGCAAGCUGAAGCGGAUCCAGAGAGCCGUCUACCGCCAGUUACAAAGACGGCUCUUUGAGCUGUGGGAGGCAUUUAACAAGAGAGAGAAAUCCCUUAAGCAAUUACUGAAAGGCUGCGCAAACAUCAAUGGGCCAGUGAUCGCCUAAAGUACUUGAAGGACUAGCCUGCGAAAACAUCCGUUUCUCCUCGCUCUACGCCACUGGGGACGUUUCGCGCGGAGGAACGUCUGCGACUCAGCGGCAGAAAUUCCAUACUGAUGACGUAAUCAAUGUUUAUAUAAUAAAUCCGGUAGUCAUAGGGUUCCAAAUACAAAUUUGACCAAUUUUACGUGUCUUUCUGGUCGAUUUUGGUAAAGUUUUGUGUUCAUCUGCCAACGAGCUCCAACAAAACUCAAGUGCUUUUUCAAGAGAAGACUAUAUUCCACAAAUAUUGGCUGUUUUGUUUGAGAUUCUUCCCCGGGGGGGAGGGGGGUACUCCCAGACAUUACCUAUACGGGUAUGUGCUGCCCAACAGGGUCGUGAUUUUGAAGCUCCUGAUUUAGAACGGGGUACCCAUUUAAGAGGCGUUUUCUAGAACGGGGUAUAAUAUUUCGAACGCACGAUUAAGCUCCAGUUUUGUAAGCAGCCAUUUGAAAUUAUUCAAGGACAGAUUGCUUAACAAGCAAACUGUUGUACUCUUUGCACCCUAGAACGGAGUAUAAAAAAUUGGCCCAUUUCUAGAACGGGGUAUCAGUUUUAGGGCGAAUUCUAGAACGGGGUAUCAAUUUUAGGGGAAACUUUUUUUAGAACGGGGUGCCAAUUUGGAGUCCCGGGCGGCACAUACCCACCCAAAAAAUACCCAAAUGCCCCCCCCGGGGAUUCUUCGCGUUUACAUCCCGGGUUUACAUUUGACCUUUGUGGCCUUUUGUCUUUUGUCUGUCAUACGUAAACAAUAGCUAAAACAAUGUAACUACUCCGUCGACCAAUCAGCGCUUCUAACCGGAUUCCGGACAGAUUUUACGUCAUCAGUAUGGAAUUUCUGUCGCUGAGUCGCAGACGUUCCUCUGCGCAAAACGUCCGCAGCGGCGAAGAGCGAGGAGAAACGGAUGUUUUCGCAGGCUAUUGAAGGACUCAUGAACUUGAUUUAUUUCAUCAUUAGCUACAGUUGUAUUGUAGAUGAUGUUAAGGUAUUUUUAAUAAUCAGUAUAUCAUUAGAAAUCUCAAACAUACAGUACAUUAGAAAUCGCAAAUCCAGUAAGUAGGUUAAGCAAAAUUGACUAGUUUAAAACUUAAAGAAAUAAUCAGUAUAUAGUAUAUUAUAUAUAUAUUAUAUAUUAUUCCUUGAUUAUGUUUAAUCAAGGGGCGGGUGUCACUCGGACAUCUCACAUGUCCCCGCUUGUAAUAAGUAUCAGUUAGGAUUUCCUUUAAAAUAUAUGACCGCUCUUUUCACAAACAUGCGAAUUCUGUAAGUCACUCUUUCAAGUCACUUUUUUUUAAUUUUGUGUUCGGUGGGGCUUGUGUCACUAACCUUGUCGUAUUCUUCUUAUGCUAUCGCUCUUCAAAUAGUCUUCGAUUAGUAGGCUUUUGUACAUUAUGCUAGCAUUUUUUCGAGCAUUUUAGUGAGGCAAAAGCAUUGAGCAUUAUUUGAGCAUUUUAGUGGCAUUUUCCCCGGAAAAUUAAUUUUUCCGAGAAAAUAAAAUAGAAAUUAACUUUUUUCAGGAGCCCAUGCCCCAUGAGCUCCUGAGUUUUUAAAGAAAAUGACGACUAAAACUCAAAAUUCACAAAAAACCUCAUACAGCUGUUUUUUUUGGCUGUGUUUAUGAACUUGUACACGUUGUCGUUGUUACCUGCAACACUUGCACGUUUUUGUAAGUGUAAACUUUGAAAUUAAUUUAAAAAAACCCUUGGUAUAAUGAGCUUUAUCCGAGCAUUUUAGUGACCUUUUUGGGGACACCGAGCAUUUUAGUGGGAAAAAUGGAGCAUUAAGGUGGAGCAUUUUAGUGAGGAAGCAAAAGCAUAAUGUACAAAAGCCUAUCGAUUAGUCUACGUUCAGACAUGUAGCAAAUUCGGACGUAAACAAACAUAUUUGUUUCGUCCCACUGUCUACACAGGACGUCCUGUCUUGUGGUUAGUUCUGCGGUUUCGAUCCUUUGUUUUAGUGAAAGCCUUAGCUUAAACUAUGAAAACACACUUUUUACAACAUAAAGACUUUGUUAUUGCAUGGGUACGAAUCAUCUUAGCGAUGGGUACGAAUCAUCUCAACUUUGGGUACGAAACGUCCGGUUUAGUGAAAGCCUUAACUUAAACUAUGAAAACACACUGUUUACAACAUAAAGACUUUGUUAUUGCAUGGGUACGAAUCAUC